CAGCAGGGCCACUGGAUUUCUGUGAAAGAGAUGGGCGACAGGCAGUAGAGAGCAGCACCGUGGCUCCAAGCUGAAGGGGACAAUCCUAGAGGAGAAUGCCUGCCAAGAACUCCUCCUCCGUGACAGAGUUUAUCCUCUCAGGCUUAACCGACCAGCCGGGACUCCAGAUCCCCCUCUUCCUCCUGUUUCUAGGUUUCUACAUGGUCACGGUGGUGGGGAACCUGGGUUUGAUAACCCUGACAGGGCUCAACUCUCACCUGCAUAUUCCCAUGUACUUUUUCCUCUUCAACUUGUCCCUCAUAGAUUUUAGUCAUUCCACUACCCUCGCCCCUAAAAUGCGGAUGAGUUUUGUCUCAAAGAAGAACAUCGUUUCCUAUGCAGGGUGUAUGACUCAGUGUUUUUUCUUCUGUUUCUUUGUCUUUUCUGAAUCCCACAUUCUAUCAGUGAUGGCGUAUGACCGCCACGUGGCCAUCUGUAACCCGCUGUUGUACACAGUCACCAUGUCUCCCCAGGUGUGUCUGCUCCUUUUGCUGGGUGUCUAUGGGAUGGGGGUUUUUGGGGCUGUGACUCAUAUGAGAAACAUAAUGUUUAUGUCCUUUUGUGGAGACAACCUUGUCAAUCACUAUAUGUGUGACAUCCUUCCUCUCCUUGAGCUCUCCUGCAACAGCUCUUACAUAAAUUUGCUGGUGGUUUUUAUUAUUGUGACCAUUGGCAUUGGGGUGCCAAUUGUCACCAUUGUUAUCUCUUAUGGUUUUAUUCUUUCCAGCAUUCUCCACAUUAGCUCCACAGAGGGCAGGUCUAAAGCCUUCAGUACCUGCAGUUCCCACAUAAUUGUGGUAUCGCUUUUCUUUGGGUCAGGUGCUUUCAUGUACCUCAGACCACCUUCUAUUCUACCCUUGGACCAGGGGAACGUGUCCUCCACUUUUUAUACUGCUGUGAUGCCUAUGUAG